AUGGGUUCAGUGGACGGCUGCGAGGAUCCAGUGGCUUCAAAGAAGGCCCCAAAAAGGCGGUCGCGAACAAUGCGGCGGCCUGCAACAGGCAGAGAGAAGCUGCUGAUGUGGCUGGAGGGCGAGGAUCUCUUUUUCCGGAGCUCGCCGCUUGAGCGGAGCCUUACCUCUGGGAUUUUUGGUGUUCUGGUUGCCAGCUUGGGCUUUGCGGCGCUCCACACAAGUGGCGUCCCCGCGCUUCUUGCAGGUGGCCAAACAGCGGGAGUCUGCGCUCUGGAGCGCCAAAGGCGUCUGGACCUGGUCUCGGAGGUGGACAGGCCAGCGUGGAAGUGUCUCCAGAGAUUGUUUUCAAAACACGCUCAGGCGUUUUUCCCUGCAUGUGUUCAGCCCUUCCUGAAUUUUGGAGGCUGCGUGGCGAGCUGCGCCAGCUUCGGCAGCUCCGACAGCGUGCGACCGGCCAGCGCCAAGAGGCUCCAAGGGCUCCAAGUCCCAGAGCCGGAGGAGGAGAAGAUCUUCCGAGGACGGCUUCCGCAUUGCGUGGCGCCGGCGCUGGCGCUGGAGGUGGCCAACUCCCAGAGACUUCGCUGUCUUCUCCCCGUGACGACAAAGCCCAAAUGGUGCUUUGAGAAAAAGAAGCUUGCACGCAGAUGCGGCGUGGGCAGCCAGUGUCUGCUGACCAACGAUUCUCUGUACCCGGUUGUGCGCCUUUUGCCGGCUCGAGCUCCCGGCGUCUUAGAACUCCUGCCGCUCUUCCUUGUCCAGGUGCCUUCGUUCUUUGUGAUGGUCCAAGCUCCGGCUUGGUUGCUGGUCUUAUUGGCCCCAGUGGCAGCACAGAAUUGGCCGGCAUGUCAGGAGCAGAACACUGUGAUCCGAAAUGCAGGAAAGGCGCUCUUCACGAACCUGCAAGGCUACGGUGCUGUCAUCGGCUGCUUCCUGGAUGAUUGCAUGAGCAGCGACAAGUUUGUAGCAAACGAGAUCGAGUCCUGUGCAAAAGUGUGCUUCUCGCUGCCCGAGUGCACGCAUUGGGUCUGGGGCACGGAGGAGGGUGAGCAGAAGUGCUGGUUUCGGACAGGGGAUGACGGGAGGGAAGCAGGCGAGGGCUGGAUCUCUGGUUCGAAAAGCUGCCAUCCCCCAGGCACCACUGUCUUAGCUCUUGGAAACUCUGAGUGUUGGGCCGAGGGUUUCGGCUACGAGAACUGUUGUGAAGCCAAGUUCGGGCCCAACGGCAAUGCCCAGUGCUGGGACGGCGUCUACAACUACGAUCGCCCGAACCUCCCAGCCUCCCAGCAACGCCUGCAAUCCGUGUGCGCUCUGGUCGCUGUUGCCAUUUUGGCUGCUUCGACUGUUGUGACGCUGGAUGGUGUGGUGGUUGCUGCCGCCCUAGGGGGGGUCAAGGGCUUGAAGAGCAUCGCCGAGUUUGUGAAAGAGCUGGAAAAAGCAAAAAGCGUUGUCGAUGCAUUCCCUUUACAGAGGAGUGGUGCAUCAGUUCCUUCCGGCUUCAUAGAGGCUGCAGCUUCUCCUGGUGUCACCUUCUGCGCCGUGGUCCCUGAGGGCAACACGGAGAUCACCGUGGAGGGACGGGACUUCCAGUUGCAGGUGCGGGCUCCUCCCACCUCCAAGCCUGGCGAGCUUGUUACGUUUGAUUUCAGCGUCCCCGCCGAGUAUGAAGUCGAGGUGCCACCAGGCUUCUCGGCGGGCAGUUGCUUGCGCUACGUGGACCGUGAUGGUCUACCCAUGGAAUUUCAAAUUCCGGAAGGGAUGGUGCCCGGCGACUCCUUCCAGGUUGCACCGCCAUCCAUGUUGGUCAAGGUCCCAAGCUUUGCGGAUUCAGGGGAGUUGGUGGCCUUCAAGGGAAGUGGGGCCUGGGACCAGCAGUGGUUGGGUGCCAGAGUACCCGAAGGGCUCGGGCCAGGAGAGCACUUCUCCGUGAGGCUCCCAUCGCCGCUCCAGCGCUCAGAGACGCAGCCAUGGUCAGGCUGGAUCUGCGAGGUGGAUUUGGGCAUCGGAAGAAAGCUAGUGUGA